UACAUUAAAAACGAAAGAGGAAGUAAAUUUGAAACUGUACAACUCUAGUCUUUCGUUUUGAAAACAUAGAUGUACAAAAGGGUAAUUCAAUUUUCGGAGUUGUGAAGUAUUGACACAAUAAAUUAUACAUGUUUAUAUAAAUCAUGGCAUCCAAAGACUUCUUCCUGGUCGCCGCCAUUGAUUUCGGCACCACUUUCUCCGGCUACGCGUUCUCGGAAGUCACGGAGUUCCAGGCGGACCCUCUGCGCGUCUCCACCUGCACGUGGGGCUCGAGCACGAACUCCGUCAUGUCCCUGAAGACGCCGUCCAGCAUCCUCUUCCGGCCGGAAAAGACGUUUGACUCGUUCGGGUUCGAGGCGGAGGACAAGUAUAGCAACCUCUCGCUGGACAACAUGCAUCGCUCCUGGUACUACUUCCGACGCUUUAAGAUGAUGCUUUACAAUUCGAAGGACGUGCACCGCAGCAAUCUGUUGAAGGACGAGACGGGGAAGGAGAUGUCGGCUAUCGACGUCUUCGCGGCGUCCAUCCGCUACAUGAAAGACCACCUUGGGGACUUCCUGUCGCGCCGGAGCACGCAGAUCCGAGACAACGAGAUCCGGUGGGUCCUAACCGUGCCUGCCAUCUGGGACGACGCGGCAAAACAAUUCAUGCGUGAAGCGGCAGAAAAAGCAGGAAUAGACGGGAAAGCUUUAUUGCUGGCUCUUGAACCGGAAGCGGCUUCAAUGUGCUGCAAGUACCUUCCGGUUGAGAGAACGGAGACGCGUAUUGAGUGUUUUUCUCCGGGGUCAAAAUACCUCGUACUUGACGCUGGAGGUGGCACGGUCGACAUCACGGUCCAUGAGGUGAACCCAGACGGGACACUGAAGGAGCUGCACAAGGCAAACGGCGGUCCCUGGGGCGGCACCACGGUGGAUGAGGCCUUUCUAGACUUCCUGUCCGAAAUACUGGGCGCGGACGUGCUGGAGGCAUUCCGAGACAGGCACCGAGACGACUACAUCGACCUGCUACGAGAGUUUGAAACGCGGAAAAGAGCAGUCAAACCCGAUUCAGAUAGCCGGGUCACGUUCAAGAUGCCAAUCUCAUUGCACGAACUGUACCGCGAGAAGAAGAAAGCCGAGAUCCGAGAUGCAGUGCGCGACCACCCGAAAUAUGGGGGAAAAAUCACCUGCGCAGGAGACAAGAUGCGAGUUGAAGCUGACCUCGUUAAAGAUAUGUUUAGCAAGACAUGCGCCGACAUUGUACAGCACGUAAGAAAACUGCUUCUAAACCCAGUUACAAAGGGUACCAGUACAUUAUUGAUGGUCGGCGGGUUCUCUGAGUCACCGAUGCUGCAAGACGCCAUCAAGAAGGGGUUCCCGGACAAAAAGGUCGUCGUGCCACCGGAUGCGGGACUGACGGUUCUCAAAGGAGCGGUCAUCUUCGGGCAUAACAGCGAAAUGAUCGUGUCCCGCAUUGCUAAAUACACGUACGGAAUGAAGUGCUUUCGAAGUUUUAACUCGGCGAUUCAUCCACCUGAACGAAUGCAGAUUAUUAACGGUAGGAAGGAGGUUCCUGGUUGCUUCGAUAAGCUCGUUGAGGUAGGAAAAUUAGUUUCUCCUGAUAAACCUGUUGGACCUAAAACGUAUUUUCCUUUCGAAAAUCAUAGCGGUUUCACUAUUAAACUGUUUGCGUCCCCAAAGACAGACCCAUCGUUUGUUGACGAGGAGGGGUCCAUUCCAAUCGGCGAAGUGGAUGUUGAUUGUCGAGAUGACAAGGGAUCGGUCACCUCUGCCGAUGUUUACCUGAUCUUUGGUGGGACUGAGCUUGAGUUGAAAGCAGUUCAUUCGGAUACAGGCAGAGAAACGAAAGCUAAAUUUGACUUCUUGGGAUAGACUCCUCUGCAUAUUUAAGAUGUCCGUAUGAAAACAAUGUGGAUGGACUUUGAAAAUAAAAAAGGAGUACGAUUUUGUCAAAUAUUUAUUAAUUUAUAUCAAAUGUGUAAAAAAAUUAUUAAACAUAUAUUUGUAUAUAAAUUAAAAUAAAAGUUAAGAAGAACAUGUGUCGAAAAAUGCGAAAUAAGCCAGAUAUUUAAUUCUGAAAUCCAAAAUGUCUAUACAGUCGAAUUCGCCAGCCUGUAAAUCAUGCAUGUACGAUGUGAAUCUAAAUUUAGUUUAACGGUUCAUUUUAAAUACCUGCAACGAUAUCUAUUUAUACGAUACACGAACACUUACUAAAAGACGAAUGUUUCGGUUAUUGUAGGAAAAUAUGUACGUAGUAUCUUCGUCACAAUCGGCCCCGGGCGCUAAUUUGUCUUUGCUGCAUUUUAUGAAAUUCGUCUUUAAUGUAUAAUUUUUCUUGCCUAUUUUGUGUUAUUGAAACAUAUUUUAUCAAUUUAUUACAAUUUAACACAUAUACAAAAUCGUAUAAUCUCGCUUUAACAUGGUCAGAGUUGAGUUGUAACAUUUCACAAAUUUAUUAUGUGUUUAUAUACAAUUAACGAGUAUUUGAAAGACUAUCUCUGUGUUGGCAACUUCGUUAAAAUAAAACAUGUAUUUUCUG